AUGGCCAGCAACACCACAGCGGGGGUUUCUCCCCCCUUCGCCAUCACUCUCCCAUUGCUCCCAGCAAUCACACCCUCAACCAUCACCACCUCCCCAAUCCUUCUCGCUACCCUCAUAACCACUGUCAUCGCCACCCUCCUCCUCACCCGCUCCUCAGGCCCCCGCCUGCACCCCCUCGAACCCCCUCUCCUCCGCCCCCACGUCCCCUUAAUCGGCCACAUCCUCUCCCUCAUCCGGCACCAAGCCGCCUACCACAUAACCCUCCAAAAACACACCCGCCGUCCCAUCGCCACCCUCCCCAUGCUCUGGUCGGGCAAGAUGUACGCCGUCUGGGAUCCCUAUCUCGCUGCUGCGGGGUUGCGCGCCAAGACACUGACGACCACGCCGCAUAUCUUGGAGGUUACGCCUACGGCGUGUGAGACGGGUGAGGUGACGAAUGCGGUGUUGAAGGAGAAGGGGGAGGGGUUGGUGGAGAGGAUGAUGGAGAAGGUGAUUCCGGGGGCGUUGAAGGGGGAGGGGAUGAGGGGGAUGAAUGAGGUUGCUUUGCGGGGGUUGGGGGGGGAGUUGAGUUCUUUGGCUGCUGCCGGGAAGGGGAAUGGGGAUGGGUGGACGGAAGUGCCCAAUCUGUGGUUGUUCAUCCGGCAUUUGGUCACGUCUGCUACGACCACGGCGUUGUAUGGCCCCGAGCAUAACCCGUUUUCGGUGGAGGCCGGGUCGGAGGAUGCGUUGUGGACGAUGGAGCGGAAUUUGCUGGGGUUGACGUUGGGAUUGCCGGGGUUUAUGACCAAGGCUGGGAGGCGGGCGAGGGCUACGCUGGUGGGUGCGUUGCGGCCGUUUUAUGUGGGACACCGGGAUACGGGCGGGUUGGAGGUGGGUGAGAAGCAGGAGGGGACGAAGGGUGGAGUGUCGCAGUUUGUGAGGGAUCGGGCUGGGUUGUUGCGGGAGUCGGGGAUUCCGGAUGAGGAUGUGGCCAAGCUGGAGAUUAUGUUGCCGUUUGCCGCGAUGGCGAAUACGGUGCCGUUGUUGUUUUGGUUGAUUGGGUGGGUGUUUGAGAUGCAGGGGAAGACAGGGUCUGGAGGGCAGGCAGAUGUGGUUGAGCGGUUGAGAAAGGAGGUUGAGGGGUUGAUCGUGGGCAGGGAAGGGGAUGUCGUGAGACUGUCGGUGGCCACGUCGGCUGUGGAGCAGAACUGCCCGCUGCUGAUGAGCUGUUAUAAGGAGACCCAGCGCAAGACAGUGCAUCAGGUCAGCACGCGGACCGUUGCGGAAGACACGAUAUUGCGAGACCGCGCGGGGAAGGAGUACCUCCUCAAGAAGGGCACCGUCGCGCAGUUGGUGCUCGGCGCGGGACACAACAUGGAGGAGUACUGGGGCGAGGACGUCGACGAGUUCAAGCCGGACCGGUUCGUGACUGGGAGCAACAACAGCAACAACAGCAACAACCAGGCAUCCAAGACAGAGGAUGGACCGGGCAGCGUGCGGGCGAUGAGGGCUGCCUUCUUGCCGUUCGGCGGCGGAUCGCAUCUGUGUCCCGGCCGGGCGUUUGCGUUUGCCGAGAUGAUGGCCGUGAUGGCUACGCUCUUGCUGGGAUUCGACGUGCAGCCGCUGGAGGGGGGCGAGUGGAAGGUGCCUGAAUUUGCGACACGGUCGGUCAUUGACGCAGUCACCAAGCCGAAGAACCACGGAGACGGGUUUGGGGUCAAACUGAGGCGGAGAAAGGGCUGGGAGAAUGCGCAGUGGAAGUAUGAGCUGUAG